UCUCGCUGCGCUGGAAGAGGGUGAGAGAGACUCGUUUGGGAUUGUGGGAGAGAACAGGAGCAGACCUCAUCAUCAUCGAAAGGCGUUCUCGGUUUAAUCCUUUUCCCCUUUACCCCGAGACGACAAGGGAGACCGAAGCACGCUCCUCGCAAUCCUUUAAAGACACUGUCGGUUUAUAAGACAGACCGGCUAGUUUGUGUUGCAAUUUUAGAGCUACUUUUCCACGUUUGUACUACAUUAGAGUUGCGCCGCUGCCUUUGUGGAUCUAAAGAGAGUUUUCACCUCUUUUUGCGAAGUGCUAGCGUGCACAGAAGGCUUUCAAUCGUAUCAUCCUGCUGGACAAGACAAGCGAAAAUCGCACGUGUUAACUGACAUUUACCGGGCCGAUUACAUGCAUAAUAAAGAGUGGAUGCUGGAAUCUGUGAAUUGAGAGGAGCACGUGUGUAGAAGGACAGGAAAACUGAUUGGAGGAUACUCGGAAAGAAGAAAGGAAGCACAAAGAAGUUUGGGGAGAGGACCGAAGAGAAGACGGGGACGAUGGGGAGAAAAAAGAUUCAGAUCACGCGGAUAAUGGACGAACGCAACAGACAGGUGACGUUUACAAAAAGGAAGUUUGGUUUGAUGAAGAAGGCCUACGAGCUGAGCGUACUGUGCGACUGCGAGAUAGCCCUCAUCAUCUUCAACAGCACCAACAAGCUGUUCCAGUACGCCAGCACCGACAUGGACAAGGUCCUGCUCAAGUACACCGAGUACAACGAGCCGCACGAGAGCCGGACCAACUCCGACAUCGUGGAGACGUUGAGAAAGAAGGGGCUAAACGGCUGCGACAGCCCCGACCCGGACGCGGACGACUCGGUGGGCCACAGCCCCGAGUCCGAGGACAAGUACCGGAAGAUCAACGAGGACAUCGAUCUGAUGAUCAGCCGACAGAGGCUGUGUCAGGCUGUCCCUCCCUCUAACUACGAGAUGCCGGUGUCCAACCCCAACAGCCUGAUCUACAGCCACUCCGGAGGCUCCCUGGGGAACCACAACCUGCUUCCCCUGGCCCACCACUCGCUGCAGCGCAACAGCAUGUCCCCCGGUAUCACCCACCGACCCCCCAGUGCUGGCAACGCAGGAGGCCUUAUGGGUGCUGACAUGACGACUGGUGCAGGCACCAGCGCCGGAAAUGGGUAUGGGAACCACCGCAACUCUCCCAGUCUGCUGGGCUCCCCGGGAAACAUGAACAAGAACCUGCAGGCCAAGUCCCCCCCACCCAUGAACCUGGGAAUGAACAACCGCAAGCCAGACCUGAGAGUGCUUAUCCCCCCCGGAGCCAAGAACACCAUGCCCUCCAUUAACCAGAGAAUAAACAACUCGCAGUCCGCUCAGUCAUUGGCUACCCCCGUGGUUUCUGUAGCAACGCCCACCCUGCCCGGGCAGGGGAUGGGAGGAUAUCCGUCAUCUAUCUCCACUACGUACGGUACUGAAUACUCGCUCAGCAGUGCAGAUCUGUCCUCCCUGUCGGGCUUUAACAGUGCCAGUGCCCUCCAUCUUGGCUCCAUGACCGGCUGGCAGCAACAGCACCUGCAGAAUAUGCAACACUCAGCCCUCGGCCAGUUAGGAAAUUGCACUAGCACUCACUUAUGUCAGAGUUCAAAUCUCUCCCUGCCUUCUGCUCAAAGCCUGCACAUCAAGUCCGAACCUGUUUCUCCUCCUAGAGAUCGCACCAGCAGCACGCCGGCGGGCUACGGGCCCCAGCAGGCCCCGUCGCGCCAGGACUCGGGCCGCUCGCCCGUCGACAGCCUGAGCAGCUGCGGGAGCUCCCACGAGGGCAGCGACCGCGAAGAGCACAGGAACGAGUUCCACUCGCCCCUGGGACUGGUGCGGCCCUCCCUGGACGAGCGGGAGAGCCCGUCCGUCAAGCGGGUGCGCCUGUCCGAGGGCUGGGCCACAUGAUAGGCUCCUCCCCCAACCUUCCCGCCCACUCCUAAACCCCCCCCCCCCCCA